AUGAUUAGUGAUUAAAAAGGUGAAGGUGCAGUUAUGGGCUGCUUUCAUUAAUAAAGGAAUAUAAUAACAGCUUUUAAACCAUUAGAUGGAAGUUCUGUUAACAACAACAAUAAUGAUGAUUUUCUUUGUCAGUCAAAUAAAAAACAAAAACUGACUCUGCGCUUCCCUGCCCUCUCUGUCUAUUUUGCAGAAAAAGCAUACAGUUUUUAUAUGUAAAAGAAGACGAGAAAGUUUGUUUGCAUCUGAUUUUACAACGUGGGGUGGCUUUGUUAUGAAAGGAGGGAACAUGAAAGGAUUAGAGAGAGCACUGGAAUUGCUUAGACCCUUUGUUGACUCUAAAGCUUGGGACUACUCUGUUGUUUGGAAACUGGGUGAUGAUCCUUCAAGGUAUAUUGAGUGGAUGGGUUGCUGUUGUAGUGGUGGUGGUGGUAAAGUAAAGAUGGAAAGAGGAGAAGACAAAUAUUCUGUUUCUCUUUGUAGAGAUGUGUAUUUUAAGCAUCCAAUUAGCACCAAGGCUUGUGAGGCUCUUGCUGGUUACCCUUCUUCUAUGCCUUUAUAUUCUGGCAGGAUUCAUGGAGAGAUGGUAACUUCAACUCAAUCAAAAUGGAUUACCCAUGCCAAUGCCUCCUCGGAUUCUAAUUCCUAUCCUGUGCCGAUUGGAACUAGAGUUUUGAUCCCAGUAUUUGGGGGACUUAUUGAACUCUUUGCAGCCAGACAUAUUGCAAAGGAUCAGAAGAUUAUAGACUAUGUUACAGCCCAUUUUAAUGUUCUAAAACAAGAGGCUAUGAUUUCACAUGGCUACCCCAGCUUCAGUGAGUGCUGUAUUGAUACAUUUCGUGAGCAGAACUUCCAAAACUUGACUUCUCCAAGCCAUUUGCUAGGUUUAAUUCCUCGAACACAUGUUAUUUACCCAUUAUACCAACCCAAUACCCAUUCCAGCCUUGAAGGAUCUUCCAGUGGUUCCAAUCCUUCAAAUGAGCAUCCACCGUUUGAUUCGCAUUCUGGUUACUUAUUAGAGAAUGGACUUCUGAAGCAGACAAUUGAAAAGUCCUCUGGGCCUAGAAAGUCAAAGAAUGAUGAGAACUUAAUGAAGCAAAAAGCAGGACUGUUUCUGGACCGUAACAAGAAGAAAAUUUCCAAAGCUAUCCAGAAGUCUGAAAGAGAUAAUUUCCCAUCGAAGAAUCUUGUAACAGAGAGGAAUAGAAGAAACAGGAUCAAAGAUGGGCUUUACACUCUACGUGCUCUAGUCCCCAAGAUAACUAAGAUGGAUAUAGCGUCUAUUCUUGGAGAUGCAAUCGAGUACAUUGGUGAGUUGCAGAAGGAAAAGAAGAAACUUGAGGAUGAGCUCGAGGGCAUUGAGGAGGAAGAAUGCGAAAAGAGCAAUGCACAAUUACCUUUGAAGUUGGAGCAAUUACAUGAAGGCAGAAAACCUCUGCCUCCUGUUGAGAUUGACAACAAUGAAGAUUCCUCUGGUUUUGGCGAAAAAGAAAAGAUUGAGGUACAGAUAGAAGUAAACCAGAUUGGCAAAAGAGAAUUCUUGAUUAAGCUCUUUUGUGAGAAGAAGCGAGGAGGGUUUGGAAGGUUGAUGGACGCUAUAUAUUCAUUGGGGCUUCAAGUUGUUGAUGCUAAUAUGACAACAUUUAAUGGAAAGGUUCUGAACAUUCUCAAGGUUGAGACAAAUAUGAAGGACAUUCAACCAAAGAAACUAAAGGAAUCAUUGCUCAAGCUGAGAGGGUAGGCAAUUCAGACAGCGGACAGUCCAAACAGCAAUGUAGGAGGAGCAGAGAGUACUUCUCUUCCAGAAAAUGAAGAGUAAAACUAGGAAAGAUGUCGGCUCCUCCAUUCAUCUAAUACAAUGGACUUGUAGCAAUCUACUCCUACAGUUCUAGAUCCAUAUAUAAUGUCUAGUUGUAAAUGUUAGACAAAAAAUCUUGGAGUAGCUGAAACAGAAAUUUGUUUCCUCUUCAUCUUUGCGUUUCUGAGGGCAGAUUUUCCUCAAGAGGGAUCUUUGUAAAUGACCUUUCUUACUUGACUUUCAUUCAAGAAAAAGAAAAAAAGAAGAUUACAAAAGACUCAUUGCAGAGAUACUUUGGAAGUUUA